AUGGGCCUCCUAUCGGACCCGGUGCGCCGGCGCGCGCUCGCCCGGCUCGUGCUGCGCCUCAACACGCCCCUGUGCGUGCUGAGCUACGUGGCGGGCAUCACCUGGUUCCUGGCGCUGGCUUUCCCCCCGCUGACCCAGCGCACUUACAUGUCAGAGAACGCCAUGGGCUCCACCAUGGUGGAGGAGCAGUUUCCAGGCGGAGACCGUGCCCGGAGCUUUGCCCGGGACUUCGCUGCCCACCGCCGGAAGUCAGGGACUCUGCCGGUGGCUUGGCUGGAGCGCGCGAUGCGGUCGGUGGGGCUGGAGGUGUACACGCAGGCUUUCGCCCGGAAAUUGCCCUUCCCGGAUGAGACCCGCGAGCGCUAUAUGGUGUCGGGCACCAACGUGUAUGGCAUCCUGCGGGCCCCACGCGCUGCCAGCACUGAGUCCCUGGUGCUCACUGUGCCCUGCGGCUCUGACUCUACCAACAGCCAGGCCGUCGGGCUGCUGCUGGCGCUUGCUGCCCACUUCCGGGGACAGAUUUACUGGGCCAAGGACAUCAUCUUCCUGGUGACAGACCACGACCUCCUGGGCACUGAGGCUUGGCUCGAGGCGUACCACGAUGUAAACGUCACUGGCAUGCAGUCCUCACCGCUGCAGGGUCGUGCAGGGGCCAUCCAGGCAGCCGUGGCCCUGGAGCUGAGCAGUGAUGUGGUCACCAGCCUGGAUGUAGCCGUGGAGGGGCUCAACGGACAGCUGCCCAACCUUGACCUGCUCAAUCUCUUCCAGACCUUCUGCCAGAAGGGGGGACUGCUGUGCACCCUGCAGGGCAAGCUGCAGCCCCAGGACUGGGGAUCACUGGACGGACCGCUGCAAGGCCUGCAGACACUGCUGCUCAUGGUGCUGAGACAGGCUUCUGGCCGCCCGCACGGCCCCCAUGGCCUUUUCCUGCGCUACCGCGUGGAGGCCUUGACCCUGAGGGGCAUCAACAGUUUCCGCCAGUACAAGUACGACCUGGUAGCCGUGGGCAAGGCCCUGGAAGGCAUGUUCCGGAAGCUCAACCACCUGCUGGAGCGGCUGCACCAGUCCUUCUUCCUCUACCUGCUGCCCGCCCUCUCCCGCUUCGUCUCCAUUGGCCUCUACAUGCCUGCUGCCGGCUUCCUGCUGCUCGUCCUGGGGCUCCAGUCCCUGGAACUGUGGAUGAAGCUCCAUGAGGCUGGAGCAGGCCCAGAGCAGGCUGGGGGGCCCCCUGGACACGUUCUCCCCCUCCCCCCAGCACAGGGUAUGGGGCUGGCCUCCCUUGUGGCACCGCUGCUGAUCUCACAGGCUGUGGGCCUGGCCCUCUACAUCCUGCCCGUGCUGGGCCAGCACGUGGCGGCCCAGCACUUCCCGGUGGCCGAGGCCGAGGCUGUGGUGCUGACGCUGCUGGCCAUCUAUGCUGCGGGCCUGGCCCUUCCACACAACGCUCACAGGACGGUGAGCACACAGGACCCGGACAGGGGCUGGAUGGCGCUGAAGCUGGUGGCCCUCAUCUACCUGGCUCUGCAGCUGGGUUGCAUCGUCCUCACCAACUUCUCACUAGGCUUCCUGCUGGCUGCCACCAUGGUGCCUGCUGCUGCACUCGCCAAGCCCCGAGGGCCCCGGCCCCUCUACGCCCUCCUGCUGGUGCUGACCAGCCCAGCAGCCACUCUCCUGGGUAGCCUGUUCCUGUGGCGGGAGCUGCAGGAGGUGCCGCUGUCGCUGGCCGAAGGCUGGCAGCUCUUCCUGACGGCUCUGUCCCAAGGCGUGCUGGAGCACUACACGUACGGCGCCCUCCUCUUCCCAACAGUGGCCCUGGGCCUCUACCCCUGCUGGCUGCUCUUUUGGAAUGUACUGUUCUGGAAGUGA